ACUGGCAGUAAAACAGUCAGUAUAGCUUUUGGUACAGCUAUUGCUAUCUUAAUUGUAGCACUAAUGAUAAGUCUGGUCAUUAAUAUAUGUCUUUGCUUCUGUAUUCAUCGUGGCAGUAAAAAUAACACUUCUAACAAAGAGCCACUCGAUUUAUGUAUAAACAAUCCACAUUCCAGUCAACAAGAAGAUGAACAAGAGAUCGAGUUGCAGCUAUGUGAGCCGUACAGCCUCAAAAAUGCUAUUUUAGCAAAACAAAGCGAAACAGGAGGAGGAGGAGAGGAGAGUAAAGCCGAUCACACAAUGCCUGGUCUUGAUGCUGUCUACGAUUAUACUGAUCAUGAUCAAAAUGACUAUCAAGAGUAUGGAACUGAUCCCGAAUACAUAUACAUACCAAAUAUGGAAGCACUAAAAGAUAACGCUAAAGGACCAAAGAAUGAUUAUGUGUGAUAAUAACUAUAAAUAUUAAAUUCAAAAGUUAAUAAUUAUCAUUUAUUUUUGCCACAAGACGAUAAUUUGCUAUUGUUAAGGGAUUACAAUGUUAUAAUCAUUUUUAUCAUUUUUAGUA